AUGUCGAACCGUUCCGACGACUCAUUGGAUUCACUUUUUAACUACGAACCGAGCCGUGUAGAUGCUGAGGUGGGAGGUGUUACAGGAUCUUCCGAGGCACAUAUCUUGCCGAGCCCUUCCAACCGUGAAUCUGAAGGUGACGAGGCGUCAAAUCGCUCCGAUCCGUCAGGCGCUCGCUCUCCAGAUGACGAGCUGUCGGUUUCGACGAGCCGCCCUCAGGAUCCCGCUCUCGACGAAGAGGUUAAUCAUGCCGCAGUGAAAGCCGAGGAUGAAGCAUUUCCCUUUGAUUUGUUCGAGGCGAAGCGUGCAUUAGAACGUCUCAUGGCGUCCCGAGGUGCCUCUACAUCUGGGCGAGGGAAACGAGUGAAAAGACAAAAACCUGACCCGCCCGGCUCUACGCUCUCCUCCCCUGACUCAUUUGAGGCGUUGAGAUAUCGUUUCAGGAUAUCCGAGGCGGUGGAAUUUGUCGUCUCAGAGAAGAAUGAUCGAGCCGACAAACCUCUUGAGAAUCACUUCACUCUAUACGAGGCGUUCUUCGAGCUUUGCUUUCUCUGGUUCCCGAUCCCCGGAGUUAUCCUUGAAUACCUCUGGAAACAUGGGAUCUCAAUCGGGCAGAUCAUGCCGAGGGGUCUGCGGCACAUGAUUGGUAUUUUGGUUCGAAGCUUUGAAUGCGGGCUUGAUAUUGAACUGAAUCACCUGCUAAACUUGCUGGAAAUCAGGAAAGCUCUGAAGGGAGAUAGAUUCUAUAUUUCCAACAAGUCCAAUCGCCGGAUUAUAGGCGGUUUUCCAAGCAAAGAUCAGUUAUGGACCGAGCACUUUUUCUACGUCUUGAACGAUCCGCCGAGCCAUGAAGGUGAAGGCACGAUCCGAGCCGCGGAGACAAACGUUGCCGAGGCGGCCGGGAAUGAAACAGCGCCCGAGGUGGAACCAGGCGAGAUUAUUCCUGAGGCGCCCAAAGAUGACUCUGCGGCGCGGAGUAAAACUCCUCCAAACUCAGCUAUUCUGGCUCUUCCGAAGUCAUCGAGGCCCCCGACUUUGGUUGUACAGAAGCCUGAUUCUAGCCGAAAACGUUCGGCUGCUGAUAAGGGGAAGGGUGUUGCUGUCCAAAAGGACGAGCCGUCCAAGAAGAAGCGCAAGCAGGCUCCCGGUGAUCCCGCUACACGCAAACUGGUUGUCGAUGACCCUGACGCCUCGGCAAUAAUGUUUGCAUGUGUUAAUAAUGCGAACAAGUGUCUUCCUCCUCCUGAGAAGCUGAGGAGACCGAUGUCGUACGGCGCGAUGGCACAGCGCGGUACCAAGUUUGUAGCAGCCAUCAACGAGCUGAUGGCUGAAUACGAGGCGGACCUGUCUAAGGUUGUGCGUUGCUUGGACGAGGGUCGGAACGAGACCGCGGCGGCGAAGGAGAAGCUGGACAAGGCGAUGACCAGGCUGUCGAGGCUGGAAAAGGAGAAGAUAGUUCUCCGCGCCGAUGUUGACAAGGUCUCUGCCUUGGUCAUUCGCCUCGAGGAGGCUAGGAGAGCCAAAAGCACCGAGGUGGCGUUGCUCAAAAGGCGUAUCGAGGCCAAGGAUGCCUUGUUUAACGCCAAGGUCAAGCGUGCGAAAAAGGAAGUGAGGCGAGAGCUGACGGCUAAGUUUCUGGAGCGCAUCGCCAAGGUAGAGGAAGGUUUGGCCAAGCUCGAGAAGGCCAAAACCGACGAGAACAAGCUGGGGCAAAUCAAGGGCAACCUUGCGAUGAUUGCCGACCUGAAGAAACCGGACGCCCCAACGCUCGAUGAUGAAGAGGCGAAGCUAAAGAGCUGGGAGACCGAGUACGCCGACGACGAGGCGUAUGAGCACAUUGCCUCCGAGAUUCGAGGUGAGCUGGUCUUCUCGCCCGUACCGCCGGACUCGGUAGACACCAGCCUUGGUAACGAGCCGCUCGAAGGGACAGCGGCUAACUUGGGCGUCGUAGAUCCGACCGGAUCGAAUGCAGGUACGCCAGCCCUCUCGAACCUCCUUGCCGAGCAUGAAACAAAGUCCGCGGCUUGA